CGGGCGAGCUUUCACUGGUAGCACUGGCAUGCCCAGGGCCCUCUAUCACCAUGAAAUGGAACUCGCCUACAGGCCCUAUCAUUACCAACCGUCAGUUUUGCAAAGAUUGGGGUUCGAACAACCUCUUCUAUCCGCCACGGCGGUUCUUCAACAUCAUCUACAGUAUUUGAGGUAUUCCGAACCUUUGGAGUUAUCGCCUUGUCCAUUGGAUUUAUCGUUGAAAUCGUCUGCACAAAUUACACCACCAUGUACGCCGUCUCCUGGGAAUACCAAAAGAAAUUCUUCGCCAGUUCCUGAUCAACAACAACAGCCAUCAAAAAAGUUAAAACCAACGCCGAUUGUAACUACAACAAAAAAAUCAAAAGCGAACAGAAAGUUAAAUUUUGACGAAGAUAACACAUCGCCGGUUUCCGGUACUAUUAUCAGAGAACUUCGUCCGGAUGAGACUUUAGUGGUUCGUAAAGGAGAUAUCGAUCCGGCAUUUAACGUAGUCGAAGUAACCGAAGAAGCGAAAGCCGAAUUAGCCAAAAUUGAAAAUCACAUUGGCGAUUACGUUUGCAGACUAUGCAAGGAGUUAUACGAAGACGCUUUCGGUUUGGCUCAACACCGCUGCUCCAGAAUCGUUCAUGUUGAGUAUAAAUGUCCGGAAUGUGACAAAGUUUUCAAUUGUCCCGCUAAUUUGGCGUCACAUCGACGAUGGCACAAACCAAGACCGCCGAAAGAAACGAAAUCGGAAGAAUGUUCAGAAACGGAUUCGGAACAGUUUCCGUGCAACGAAUGCGGAAAAAAAUUCCGAAGGGUUGCUUACUUGAGAAAACAUCAAGCGACUCACCAAGCUGACUGACAAAGACUGAUACCAGUAAGACCAAUCCCGAGGAUGCCACCGAGAUUAUGGAGACCUCCCCCGUUACCAUCACCGUCCGAGCUUCUUGGGAUUGAGAGGUAUGUACCCAAUAUGAGUUGGAUCUCUCCUUAUUGAGAAAAUCAAUUUUUUUGAAAAACUUUUGUAAGAAGAAAGUUUAAUUGUGAUAUUUGUAAAUAUUAAGAAUAAUUUCUGUCUUGUAAAUUAUAGAAAAGUAUUGAUUUUAUAAAUUUUAAAAAAGGCGAUGUUUUAAAAAUCUAUUUCUAUUUUUUUCUUCCAUAUUGGAUAAUCUAGUCGAUUUCUAGUCAUUAACAAAAAAUGGGUACAUAGUACAUAUAUUUUUUAAUGAUCAUAAA